AGACAGAACGCGUGGAAACAAGGAAGCCGCUUUUUGUCUCCUCUGGAAUCGCUAGUGGAAGAAUCAAGUUCAUUAGUUAGUUCACCAAAGAUAAUCAGUGUCUCCAUUACAUUUUUAACCUCGAAUGUGCUUUGUGUUGGGUUUUAGGCAAAAUGUAUGAGCAUGAGAUGGACCAGUUUCAGAAGAUUGAAAAGAUUGGUGAAGGAACAUAUGGCAUUGUCUAUAAAGCCAAAGACAGGGAGACGGGCAAGCUAGUAGCUCUCAAGAAAAUCCGACUGGAAUCGGAAUCAGAAGGGGUACCAAGCACAGCCAUUAGAGAGAUAACCGUUUUGAAAGAGCUUGACCACCCUCAUGUCGUCAAACUCCUUGAUGUUGUCCAUGUUGACAAGAAGAUAUACCUGGUGUUUGAAUAUCUUAACCAAGAUCUGAAGAAAUUGUUGGACUCCAUGCCCUGCGGCCUAGAACCAAAAGCAGUGAAAAGUUUUCUUUGGCAGAUGUUGAAGGGAAUUGCCUUUUGCCACUCCCACAGGGUCUUGCACAGAGAUUUAAAGCCUCAGAAUCUCUUGGUGAACAAAAAUGGUCUAUUGAAACUGGCAGAUUUUGGCUUGGCUAGAGCAUUCGGACUCCCAUUAAGGUCCUACACUCAUGAGGUUGUUACUCUCUGGUACAAAGCCCCUGAAGUCUUACUUGGAGCCAAAAUCUACACUACCUCUGUUGACAUCUGGUCGAUUGGCUGUAUCUACGCCGAAAUGCUAAAGGGUCGCACCGCUUUGUUUCCCGGUGAUUCGGAGAUUGACCAACUUUUCCGCAUUUUUAGAACAAUGGGUACCCCAGACGAAACCUGCUGGCCAGGCGUCUCGCAGCUUCCUGAUUUUAAGCCUUCAUUUCCCAAGUGGACGGGCUCCAGUUUCGAGGAGAUGUUUCCAAGGCUAGACAGUGAUGGUCUCAACCUAUUAAUGAAACUCAUGCUUUACGAUCCAAAUAAGAGGAUAUCUGCUAGACAAGCACUACACCAUCGAUACUUUUCUGGAUUUCAACUGCCUAAUUUUGAAUAAUCUUGAACGAUUCAACCAGCCAACAGUCUUAACUAUUUUACGCAAGUGUUCACACUAGUUUAUUUUCUCUUACAUACCAUCCAAUUUUAACUUUCAGAGAAGCGUUCUAUUAUUUAAGUUCUACCGU